AUGGCCGGCCUCCCCUUGGUGAGAGGAGGCGGCCAUCUCUGGCUGUCAGCCUUGCUGCACCUCCUGUUUGCCGCCUCCGUCCGCGCCUACAUGAACCUGUCGAACACCGCUCUGCGCAACAUCACAAUCAACGAGGCCGACUUUGACAUCCACAACGGCCCGCUGCUCGCCCCCAUCCUCAUCCCGCGUGUCCCAGGCACGCCCGGCCAGGUCAAGACCCAGGAGCACUUUGUCAACUUCUGGAGAAAGGAGCUGCCCAAGUGGUCGAUUGAGUGGCAGAACUCGACCGGUACGACGCCCGCCACGGGAGACAAGCAGAUCCCCUUUCAAAAUCUCAUCUUCCGCCGUGAGCCGCCGUGGAACAAGCUCGGACAGGCCAAUUGGUUCACCCUCGUGGCUCACUAUGACAGCAAGAUCGAGCCCGAAGGGUUCAUCGGCGCGACGGACAGCGCGGUGCCGUGUGCAAUGCUGAUGCACAUUGCGAAGGCGGUUGACCCUUACCUGACUCAGAUGUACGAUGAGAUGGUGGCGCUUGGUGAGAAUGGCGGGACGGUGCCCCAGGACAUGGGACUGCAGAUUCUGUUGUUGGACGGCGAGGAGGCGUUCAAAGCGUGGACGGAUACCGACUCGUUGUACGGUGCGAGGUCAUUGGCAGAUGAGUGGGAGAAAACAUACAACCCAGCCAUGUCUCACUACAAGAACCCUCUCGAACAGAUCAGCAUUUUUGUUUUACUCGACCUCCUGGGCUCAGCCAACCCGCAGGUCCCGUCGUACUUCCAGACGACUCAUUGGGCGUACAAGAGCAUGGCCAAGCUCGAGAAGCGCAUGCGCGAUCUCGGCAUCCUGGAGACUAAGCCCGCCAUUCCUUUCUUGAAUGACGCCGAAAAGGACCCCGCCCGAUUUGGACGUAGCGGUAUUGGUGAUGAUCACGUUCCCUUCAUGGCGAAGGGCGUCAACAUCCUCCAUAUGAUCCCGUCGCCGUUCCCUAAUGUGUGGCACAGGCCGGAGGACGAUGGCGAGCACCUAGACAUGCCGACAGUAAGGGACUGGACGAGGAUUGUGACGGCGUUUACCAUGGAGUGGCUUGACAUGAGCGAAGUAAUGCCGGAAGACGCUGCAUAA